CCAUCCUAUACCCUCGUCCUUAACCACCUCCGGGUGGGCCCCCGCUACGCCAGCCUCGUGGCGCUCUCGAGCACAUGCAGCUACCUCCGCAAGGUGCUAGGCCCUCUUCUCUUCGCCAACCUUAGUUUGGUCCGCGAGAACCAGAUCGACGUGGUGCUUGCCACUCCGGCGGUAAUGCAGCAGUACUCCGACAAGAAACGGUACCACCGCGAGUUCAUCAAGGAAGUGUUGCACACCAACAUCACCGAGUGUGCCAAUGCCGAGUUGGCCAAGACCAGCUUCAGAGCAGGCAUCAACGGCGACCCGUCGUUCCAGUGCAACUACCAGACUUCACUUGGCAUCAACAACUAUAUCACCUAUGUGGAGUGCGAUAACUCCACGGUCCAGGGACCAGACUUGGCGCUUUUUCCCCGGCUCGAGGCGUUGAAGGUGCUCGACACCAGCAUGGCAGAGCCGACGGAUGUGUCUACGGCUCCGCUCUACCGCCAGCUAGCAGCGCUUCGCUUCCUCUCUAUCAACGCCUCCACCCUCGUCCACGCGCGCGGGUUGGAAUCAGUUCUUCCCCAAUUGACUCGUUUGGACUUGGGAUUGGACUUCGACGACAUGGACCCCGUUGCCGGGCUCGGAGGCUUGCGUGACGCCUUCAAGAGCUCGCGGCUCCGCGAGCUCAACCUCUUCAUUGACCGCAGUCCUUCGGUGGCGUACGUUGAGUUUCUCGCGUUUAUACAGCAUAUCGCAUACCAGUGCAAAGAACUUUGCAGCCUUUAUAUCCGGGUCAUCAGAAAACAAAAACCCAUGGCGGCUCCACGCCAGACAGCCAAGGGGCGCUGGAGUGUUCACCAGGGACGGCCUCUAGGCUCAGUGUACGUGGAGUUCUUGAGCAAGCUUGGGCACUUGCGGAACGUGGGCUUCGAUUUGGCCAUUCUUCGCAUGUUUGAGUUCUCUGCUGAGCCCAGCACGGAAAGCACCAAACCAGCAGCAGAGUUGAGCUUGACCAUUGUCAAUGUCGCUCUGACAGGCACCAGGUUAGAACGAGGCCCUCUCAGUGGGCUUGUCAGGUUUAUUCGGGCGCUAAAAGUGACGGAAAUCAGGCUCCAGUACGGAGAGGUGGUGGACAAUUCGCACCUCCAGGCGCUCACCAUGUUGACGGGGUUGGUGUCGGUGGUGUGUUCGUCCGAGACCUAUCCCUACUACGACGGGCUCCAGCGAGUGUCGUUAGAACGCUGCUGGUCGGUUUCGGACGACUCGUUCCGCAGAAGGUACUACUACGUGGACCUCGACCUGCUCCCUCAAAGCGACCACCAGUUGCGGGCGAAAUUGGCGGCUGCAACUGUGUGGGGCCGGACCCAGUUCAAUUCUCCCCGCUACAAGGUACGGGAGUCGUUCCAGGUGGUGCACACCGAACACCACGACCACCGCAGCUCGCCGCAUCUCAAGGCAUCCGACGAUGGCACCAACAGGUACGGGUCCAGCCGUGCGUUCUGGAGUGUGGAAACCUCGUUGGCCGAGUUGGAGCAGUACGGGGUUGUCCAGCGACACUCCCAGUUGUGG